AUGUCGAGUCCGGCCUUGAAAACCAUCGUGAUCGAGAAAGACAUGGGUGAUCAUAUUGGCCUUGCAACGGACAUCUCCGAGUCCUUCAAGACCGGACCUUCGUGGUGUGAUGCCGUUAUUCUCAUCGGAGACAGCAAAUUCUAUUCGUGCAAAGGUAUCCUCGCCUCCAUCUCCCCUUAUUUUCGAAAACUGUUCUCUGCUGACUGCGGAGACGUCUGCCAGAGAGAGAUCAAGCUGGAAGGCUUCUCCAAAAUCGGAUUCAAGGCGAUUUGGGACUACAUACAUGGAACACGAGUGGAGGUUGAAGGGGAGGAAGGGGCAUUAGCCACUUUUCGAGAUGCACAUUUUCUCGGGAUCAAACGUUUGUGCGAAAAAGUAAGCAUAGCCAUCAAGGCAUUCCUGGAACCUGAGAAUGCCAUCCGCAUCCUCAAAAUCGUCGAGAAAUCCGAAUACAGAGAAUUGCGGGAAGCUGCCGUUGCGCUUAUUUCUCGCCGAUUUAACGAGGUCGUCUGCACGCAGGAUUUCCUGAGUGUCUCUUUCGAAACGUUGGCGUCAUUCUUGGAUCGAGACGAAUUGCAGGUUUCUUCCGAGAAGGAACUGUACGAAUCGACGCGGAAGUGGUUGGAUCACGAUUCGAGCCGGAAACGUCAUUUACCGGAUCUCCUAGACAAAAUCCGUCUCCCUCUCCUGCCGUACGAAUACUUGAGAACGGUGCUACUCAACGAUCAAGUCAUUUCUGGGGAUCCGAGAAGCCUUAGUGCGAUCACAGAUGCUAUCGACUAUCACAUUCCCGAGCGCCGUCACGGCGUCGAUAAGGCGAAAACCUUACCACGAAAAGUGAUAUCAGAUACGAUUUGGUGCAUGGACAACAGCAACAUCUUUCGCAUCAGUCCGGAUAAUUGGAAUUUGGAUGAAGUCACUCACAAUCCCUUGAAAGAGGUGUCAUGUUCCAUCGCAGGAAUGGAUAACAAACUGUACGUGACAGGGAAAGGCGAGAUGAAGAUAUUCGACGUCGAGAAGGAGGAAUGGAAGGAAGGACCGAAGCCUUUCGAGUUUGUCGGAUGGGCGGCGACUGCCGUCUCUCCUGGGUCGAUAUUCGUCUGCGGUGGGAGGAAUCAAAAGAACGAACACUUAAAAAGCGUAUUUCGCCUCGAGGUGGAAACGCGGGAAUGGGUACGACUCAGUGACAUGAGGUUCGACCGGCGGUUAGCAGGAGCGUGUUAUUACGACUCUUGCCUUCACGUCAUCGGAGGAAUUCAUCAUUCCAAGAAACACGAGCGUUUGGACCUACGCACGUCCCGAUGGGAAGAGCUGGCUAAGCUCCCUCAAAAUAGAUGGAACCACGCUGUCUCUCCUCAAGGAGAUGACCUUGUCUUGUCCGGGGGAAACGACCUUCGAAUCAAAGGAAUGGGCUCUGGCAAUAAAACGGAAGUGUUCGUCUACGACAGAAGGAGAAAUUCGUGGCGGGAGGGACCAAGCAUGCUCGAAGGACGGGAACGCCACGGACUCGUUUAUUGGAACCGAAAUUUGUACGCUGUUGGAGGAGUCAGAAAUUCGUCUGUGGAAGUGUUUAAUGAAACGAAGUGGGAAAUAGUGAAGACAUAUGAUUGUAUUAAUUUGCAGAGUGCUUGCCGAAUGAUUAAUUGA